UCCUUCCAAUGAGCUUUUAAAAGUGCAAUGUUCUUCUCUCCACUUAGCUUCCAUCAACGAAGAUUCUUGCAUCAGCUACAGGAGAAUAAUAAGCCCCACCAUGAACCCUAAAGAAUCUAUUCUCUAUCUUAUAAUCGUCAUCUUGCUUAUCAACUGUAUGAUGAAAUGCUCCAAUGGAAACCUUCAACUCCAUCUUCAAAGUUUCUUCGCCCAAUCAUUUUAUUCAGUAUGUUACCUGUUUCUUCCGUCGAAAGAAAAACAGUAUAGGGAGAUAUUAUUUAUGGAAGGAGAGAAGGGAAGGGGAGGAGUUGCUCAAGUUUGUGAAGAAGCUAACUUGAGCUUGUAUGAUGGUCAUAUUGGAGCAGGUUUUCUGUUCUUGAGAGGUGGGGGGAAACUGAAGUGUGCCUCAGAAGAGGAGGAGGAAGAAGAAGAACAAGAAGAUAAUGUGGUAUUUGGAGGGAAGAUUGAUGUGGGGAUAAGUAUAUGUGACUUUGUUGAGAGUGUUGAUUCUUAUGUGGUGGAUUGGUUGGCUGAAGAAGUGUGGAACUCUUACUUUGGAAGAUUUUCUAAAUGGAAUCAUUUUGAGAGUGUUUUGGAGGAAGAAGGUGAUGGAUGGGAAGAGUAAGUUUUUUUUUAUUUGAUAUUAUGUAUAUUUAUCUAUUGCUUUGUAAAGGCUGC